CAGAGCGAGUCAACAGGAAGUGAGGCCAAACCACAGAAGAAACGCGUUUCAACACGUCCGUGGGCUACAGCGGCGUUUUCUGCUCCGACGGCUUCAACGCCGGCUUCUUGUGCUUCGGAAGACGCUGACAUGAUGUGAGUGAGCCCGUUCCCCAGACAUGAUCUUCUAGCACCAAGAGUUCCGAGUGGACAUGGCUCUGGUCGGCGCCCAAGCGGAGGUAAAAGAGGGCGUCACCCAAAGAGGGGAGGCGGAGAAACUGAAAAGGUCCGGAGAAGAGGAGGAGAAGAAGGACGCCUCGGAGGAGGAUUUAGUGGACGUUGAUGACUUGCCGCAGGAUGCGAGUGACGCACGUGUCCCCCCGCCACACCUGUACCUGGGCUUCAAGCCCCUAAGCAGGGACGGGCUACUUCUUGGAAGCAUGCGGAGCAAGGAGGAGGAGGACGCCAAACAAGCUCGCCGGCUGACCCCCGACUUCCCGGACGCGCUCUACGAGCUGCUGUGCACGCUGCAGGAGGGCCGACGCCUCAAUGACCAGCGCUGCUCCUUCAGGCUGGAGGGCGCCAUGAGGAGGCGGUGCCACUCCGAGCCCAACGUCCUGGGGCCCGGCGACAGAGGCGAGGGGCGGAGAGUCAUCUUCUCCUCCAUGACGUCGCUGCAGAGGGAGGAGUUCUUCGAGCUGGUGGCCACGGCCCAAGCUCGCCGCCUGGACGACCAGAGGGCACACCUGCAGAGGCUCCCGCGGGCGAAACCAAAGGCCAGAAGUUUCCGGGGCAGCCUAAAACAGCUGUCUUUGCCCAGGAGGCCUUCGAGGGCCGCUCCCGUCCCCAAGGAGGACCUGUACAACAUGAUCCUCACCACGCAGGCCCAAGGCAGGCUGGAGGACCAGCGCAGUCGGGCCCCGGGGCCCAUGGAUGACGAGGACUUCUUCUCCCUGCUGCUGAGGGUCCAGGGGGGACGCAUGGACGAGCAGAGGACUGAGCUACCAAACCUGCUGCAAACUUAAGAUUUGGAAAGAACCGGGGGGAGAUAGUCUCGCUUUUUUUUAGGUCAACGUGCUUUUCUACUAACGCGUCACUGAACGUUUGCUUGGAAUGUUUGAGACCCUUUGACCGUGGGAAUCAUUCUGGAACACAAAAAUAAUAAGAUAUUAAACGUCUUGCUUCCUUUAGUCACUAGAGUGUACUUCUUAUUUUCAAGUAGCUUCAACAAGAGUCCUUCAAUGUACAUUUUAGGUUUACUUUGAUGUCAGGGUUAAAAAUGGAUGAUAUUUUGUGGGUACCAAAUAGAAAUUGUAUUGUAUUUUUAUCUAUAGAUUUUUUUUCCUAGUGAGUCUAUUUUAAUCAUUUGAAUAUUUGUCAUAAAAAAUUUGUAUAGAUACAAUUUUCAUGAUUUUUUUAAAUUUGUAUUUUAUUUUAUUUUAAUGAUUGGAAAAAAAAA